UUGGGGGAGCGGACAGCGAUACUGUACACGCAUCAUGAUCUUCGCAAGGCUGUCCUGCGAACGUGGCCGAAACUCCGGCCAAACAUUCGGGCAGAGAAAGACGGGAACGGGCUACGCCACACUAACAACGCUGCUUACUGUAGGCGCCGGCUGGGGCAACAAAUCCUGCCCCCCUGGACACACACUAACGCAAACAAAAAGGAGCAUCCGCUGACAAUUAUAGCCCGGGCGAGCGGAGGAGGAGGAAAAGGACGGGACGGGGAGGAAAUAGAAGAGGAGGAGAGAGAUAAUCCAGAGGAGGAGGAGGAGGGAGGCUGGGCUAAGCCGCCGGACUGCGGCCAAGCGCUGGGCGCUGAGAAAAACCGUCCCUGGUUCUUCUCGCGGCGAGUACGCCAGAACAGCGAAGGAAGAGAAAUACUGAGAUAACGCUCACAGAUUCAACCCUUAUGGUUGACCGGCACGCGCCGGGGAAGCAAACGAAGCCGACUUCGAACGGACGAGAGGAGGGCGAGGAAGAGAGAGGGAGGGAAGCACUGCUGGAAAAUGUGUCGGGCGACCCCGACGGGAUGCUAGCAACAGAUUCCGCGACCGCCCCCGCCUUGUAGCGGGUACGCCAACGUCGCUGUGCAGGCUCUAUUGCUGGCGCACGCGCUUGUGCGCGCGCUGGACUAGCCCAGCCAAUCUGGCGUGACAGCGGUACGCCUCGCGGAGGUACCCGGAGAACGCGUCGGCACCACUGGUCGGCGACAGGCCGUGGCGGACCGCGCCGUGCACGCGAGAAGCGGCGUACACCGACGCAGCUCUCAGAGCCAUGACCUCCACGUUCGAUAAGCUGCCGUUGUACGUAGACGAGCCCGACUCGAGACCGAUGAACUCCGCGAUUUCCAAACCCAGUUCCGGGCGACGUAAGCCGAGGUGCUUCCUGGAGAGGGCGUGGUAGACGGCGCAGUAGGCAUAAUGUUUCACGCUAUCUUCGCCACCACAGCCCAAGCAGCAAGUCCCGCGACCUUGGAAUCGUCGGGACGUGGUCCACCCAUUGAGCACCGUGCGGGUCCUAGCAGCGAGAACUCUGGGCGGGACGAGCUCCGAGAUGCAAUGUCCGCAGCGAAUCCACCGGUCGACUCGCCGCCCAGGAAGGACAAGAACGAUCCAAUGAUCAAGACGCUUACGAAGAUGCCAGAGAGCCCCCACUUCAUGAGGUUGCCGGAAUCUGCGCGAGACUGCCGCCUGCCAGCCGACCUCCUCGUGAUCCGGGUGGUUCACGUCCAGGAGGCUGGGGUCGCUGGGGAAGGCGGCCUCGGUCGCGUCGAGCGCCGCGUCGAGGUUGAGGAUGAAGCAACUCGUCACCCAAGGGCCCCAGCUACGGACUCUCGGGGCGUUGUCCCCCUGAGAUAGAACGAGUCGAAGGGACCGCGCGCGCCUGCGAACUGCGAGCCCGCCAUGUAUGUACGUAUAUGAGAGAACGUGUGUGUACAACAGAGAAAGUGAAGGAUAGAAAGAACAAAACAGAGGCAGAGGGGAACACAUGUUCCCCGAACAGUGUUUGCGCUCAGGGGGGUC